UCGUCUCGUCGUAGUCGUCGCACGGAAAAAACGACCCGUCUUGAGACCGUCGCGCGCGCGCACAGCAUACCUUCACCGAUCGCUGAUCGCACAGAUCGUCGUCCGUCGUUGCCGUGGUCGCGGUCGCCGUGUCAAGCUCGUGGUGUUCGCGUUACACGCCCGUCAUCAGCAAGCACGGAUGCUGGUUUUGUGCGGAUCGCCAAGUUUUGGCCCGAACCCGCGCGUUCUUGCUCGCCCAAACGACGGUUCUUUCGAUCGUGUGCUUCCUGUUUAAGUAGUGUUUUACGAGUAAAAAUACACGAAAAAGAUGAUCUUUUUCAAGUGACAAAUAAAAAGGAUAACGUUGUUUUUUAAAGAUCGUCCCGUGCAAAUCGAGUGCAAUUUUGUGUUGUUACGAAUUGAAGGUGUGUUUUGCUGUGCUUAUUGUGCGUCUGUGUGUGUGCAUCCUGUCGAACAACUUGCCCAAGUGUCGCCCAACAUUGUUGCGGCUCAAGUGAAGUCAAGUGUCCAAAUAACAAUCAACGUCUGGGUGAAAUCAACCGGAAGAAAGUCACGAAGUGAGGUCGCACACACCAGAAGUGAAGUGAGUGAAGUGUUUCAACUCGUCCCGUUAAGUGGGAACGCGCGCACGCGCUCGCGCACACACAACUGAAGGUUUGACAGCCGUGGUCUCGUAGCCGGCUGAGCCGCAGUGAGACGAAUCAUUCAAAGCCCAUUCCAGGGCCGCGUUGGAAUCAAACCUUGCCCCGAAGAAAGGUGGAUGUACUGGUGCAAGUAAAUAAAGUGUCACGUUGAUUCCUCGAAACUCAAAACAAAAAAGGGUAGCCUUUUACGUAAAAAAAAAACACGGCCCAAAGCAAACGUGCGGUAAGAGGGGAGCAGCACAGUGAAUUAUCUGUUUGUCUGGGGCGGCGUCGUGGCUAAGCAUCAUCCUUGUAGCCGUGAUCUCUUGAGUACCCUCUCUCGGCGCCCUAAAGACUCCCGAUCUCGAUUAGGAGCAAUCCAGACGGACGCCCAGUCGCAGGACCCUCCAAAUCGAAGACCCCACCGUGUGCGAGUACAAAGGUUGGGGCUGUCUUCUUCCCGCUGAGGGUGGUCGUCCUCUCACUGGCUGGGAGUUACGUGCCGGAACAAAGUUUUUGACAAGCAUCGGUAGUGCUUCAGACAGCGUAAUUUCUGCCGAAGCUCGUGUGUGGUAGUUUUGGUGUUUUUUUGUCGCGCUAGCAUGCAAAGUGGCGCUAUGAAGUGUUGUUUGAACAAAUUACUCAAGGGAAAUGUGAAAUAGUGUGCUGCUUGUGAGUGUUCAGAGCAAUUGGAUUAUUAAUCUUGGCGGAGAAUUGUUGCUGAUUAUUGUGAAACAAAGACAUUGAAUUGAGACAUCGUCCGUUUCAUCGCGCUCGGAUUACGAACUCGCAAGAUCUCGAUCCACACCGGAAUGGAACAAGCCUCUGAAGGCCAACCGACACUAAUCAUCAUCUGCCGCCAAAAAUCGGCAAGGGCGCAAAUAUAAAUACGCCACUAUCCAACCUUGGGGACGAUUUUUCGUUCGGAGGGAUCAGGCCGGAUCCUGCUGCCUUGCUUCAUCUUCCUUCAUCCCAUUCUGUGUCCCGGCCUGUUGUGUGCGGGGUGUAACGCUUCCAAAUCCCCAAAACCUGUUGCCGCUAACCGAAGCACACCCAGUUCCCCGUGACGAGUUUAGGAACGGAACACAGAACACCGAAACAAGUAAGGCUCUUUGAGUAGCUGAACAACUACGCAAAGACGUUUCCCCCAUCCCCCACCCCCACUCCAUCCAUCUUUCUCUCUGCCACGCGGUGACACAAAAGCGACAACAACGGCCGCAACCGUGAUCUGUGCGCAUGCAGUGAGGCGCAAGAUGCGCGAGAAGGAUCACUCACCGCGCAAGAUGCUGCCCAGUCCAAAGCAAGGCGCGGUCUAUCCGCUGCUCGGUCUCGGAUCCACCCUCCCGGCCCCGUUCGAUCUCUCGCUCGUCAACCGUUCGUCCUCGUCGAAUCUGCUGCACCAGCAACAGCAACAGCACCAGAGCCUCACCGAACAACCGCUCGAUCUUCGGGUGGAGCGCAAGAAGUCUUCUGUCGGUGGCGGUACCGGUGGCGGUGGUGGUGGUGGCACAUCAACCUCCACCUCCUCGGACGACGAAACGGACCCGCCGCGUGCCAGCUCGACCGACAGCAAGGCCGGCAGCAAUGUGAUAUACUUUAACGAUAACAACAACAACUCCAACAACAAUCUGAACAACAACCACAGCAAGCAGCCGUCCGACGGUGACAAGAGCCCGAGUCCUACCAACCACCACAACAACAACAACAACAGCUCGAAGUACACCAACAACAAUCACAUCAACAUUAAGGAUGAGUUCCGAAUAUCGAGCCUUGCUAAUCACAGCCCCGGUGCGCUGUUUUCUGGACCGCCCGGGCUUAAUCCGCUCAUGCUGGAAGCGAUCGCCAAGGCUGGACUUCCACUGCCGUACCGUGGUUCCUUUCUGCCGCCGCGCUCGUCCGCCUCCUACGAUCUGCAGCGGUUAAAGGAGCGAGAAGCACUCGCCGUCAGCUUGUCGCAGCUCCGUCACAACGCAUCCAACAGUGGAGGAGGUGGCGGCGGAGGCAAUGUCCUGAACAACAACAACGCCAACAUCAUUAACCACAAUCUGCCGGCGGGUGCUGGCGGUACUCCGGCGCCCCACGGCAAGAACAAGGAUCGGUACGCGUGCAAGUUCUGUGGCAAGGUGUUCCCGCGGUCGGCCAACCUGACGCGCCAUCUGCGUACCCACACGGGCGAACAGCCGUACAAGUGUCGGUACUGUGAGCGAUCGUUCAGCAUCUCCAGCAACCUGCAGCGGCACGUCCGGAACAUCCACAACAAGGAGCGUCCGUUCAAGUGUGCGCUGUGUGAGCGUUGCUUCGGGCAGCAGACGAACCUCGAUCGACAUCUGAAGAAGCACGAGGCGGAUGCGGCCGGACUGGGGCUUGGACUGGACGAGCGACUACGGGCAGCACGGCGGAACAGUCGCGGCAUACCGGAAGAUUCGUACUUCGAGGAGAUCCGAUCGUUCAUGGGCAAGGUGACACAGUUGCCGAUCCCGCUACGAUUGCAGCACCAGCAGCAGCAGCAGCAGCAAUCUCCCUCCUCCCAAUCCAACGCCGGAGGUGACAGCCCGUACGGCAGACGAUCACAAACCCAGCAGCAGCACAACGAUGGACACAACGAUACGCACUCCUCCCGCAGCUCGACACCGUCAGACGAGGAGCCUGUUUCGCCGGCAGGCGGCAGCAUCGGAAGCCCCCAGCAGGACAUCCAGCCGGACAUCAAGAUGGAGACGAACAACAACGAGGACGGGGACGAACCUUUACAGGUCACCUGACCUGGGGUGCCCGAAACCCGCGGUAGAGAGCUAGGGUGUACCUGCUGAUCAGCGCACGAUCACGUUCCAGAGAGAGAGAGAGAGAUACUGAGAGCGUCAUGGUUCCUUCGGUACAGUAUUUUAGUUCCAUUCCAUUCCACUGUACUGUAACGCAGUCAGAGCACACGGAGCACCAACGGUCAAAGCCCCGUUCAACCACUACUAUUCUACUACUGUUACGGACAAGCUAACUACUCAAACCCGCAAGGUACAAUCGAUCCUAAAUCGUAGCCUUUAAGUAAGAUCGUAACGCGCGCGCGCGCACUUGUUACUUUACGUUACGCUGCGUGUUACUACCAACCCCGUUGUACUUAUAGGAAAGACUCGCAAACAAAACAACACUCGAGAGAUUACCAUUACUACCCAAUCGUUCGCGAUAGCGGCCCCGAUCUGCCGGGUCGAAUUUAUAGUAUUUGAAGCAACUAAACCGUCUUAGAAACUAGGCUAAAGCACUAACUAAUUCUCGAACGCUAGUUAAUUAUGUUGUGUGGUACGCGAAUGUUCUACGCGAACUGCUACGGAACACGGUGAUAAAAUACUCCUUUGUGCUUUGUUUUGUAUGAUUAUGGGGAGGGAAAGAAGUGGAGGAGGAAGCAAAAAAGUAAUACGAAACCUACUUGCCAUACCGAUCAUAUGCUCUUGCUUCCUCGAUAAGUAUCGUAAGUGUGUUUAAGAGGGCGCCUUUUUUUAAGAUGUUUCGUUUAACUUCUAUUACCUUUUACCAGCUAGCUCUUACUGUUACGAACUAAUGUUUAGUAAAAAAAAAAACAAAGCAAAUGAUGUAGGCACGAGAGCAUCAAAAGUUGGGAAAAGAGACAAUCCAUGGUACUCGAAAACGAAAAGUAAUUGUUCAACCAAAGCCAAAUGUAAAAAUGCUGCUCGGGGACGUGCUGCCACUUGUCGGAGCAGGUGACGAUCAAGUGACAACUGUUGGGGAUGAUUUUGGAAUUAAAAACAAGGGGGCCCAUCAAUCAACACGUCCCGCCGGUAGUGUAUGUGCCGAAUGAGAUGAGGGAAAUUGUCUAGACUCUAGCUGUGGCGUUACUCGUACUCGAGUGAGCGAAACGAGCGUGAAAUGUUAUAGUAUUGUUGAGUUUUAGUUCUUCUAGUAGAUAGCAAUGUUGGAUAGUUUAGUGAGAAGCACCACAGCUGUGUUUGUUAAUUAGUUACGUUUUACAUAUCGGUUUCCGUCUCUUUUGCCCUCCUCUAUUCACAACACUCACGCGCUUGCCGGGAUUACGACCAAUCGAAAACUGCAAAAAGGAAACCAACCACAAGAUGUUCUAAUUAAGUUUUGCAAACACGUGAACCAUAAACCACUCUUCUUGUCCGCCGGCUUGCUGCACGCCGUCAAACAACCGCUGCUGCCGCCAUAAAACGGGCACUUUUGGGGUACGGCGGCAAGCGAAUGGCCCUCCACUCGCAUAAAACGGACCCGCGGUCUCUGAUCUCCGAUAACACCUCAAUGUUCCGAUGGUUUGUAGUAGCCCGAUCACACUUUAGGAAGAUCCGCAGCGUGAUCGUAAACGUUGAGGAGUGGAUUUUUUGCCCCCACUCUGAUUUGGUGGAUGUCUUCAACUUACCUUGGAAUGGCAGUCAGGUACCGUUUCGUUUCUUUUUUGCCAGACACAGCGAUACAACGCUCCUGAUAAGCGGUUGAUUCAGCUGAUCUUUAGAAGGUUGUCUUCGGAGGUUGUGCUCUGGAGAGGGAAAUUGCAUAGACAAGAAAAAAAGAAGCGUGGCAAUUAAACAUGAACACGGAGACAGAAAGCGCGGUUGUGAGGACUUACCAACCAACAGGCUUGGUCGAUUCUGGAGAUACGAAUGCCGAUUCUGGAUGAAAGAUACCACCUGCUGUUAGCCCAAUAGGCAAUAGGGGAAUUCUAGAGGAGAAAGAGCAAAGCAAAGGGGGAAAACUGAAAUACAUUAUCACAAUUAAAACAAUCCUACAUCACGCCACACGCACGCUGUUACAAAUUAGUUACCAAUUUAGUGAGAUCAGAAACAUCAGAAACACACACACAUGGCAGAGGAGCGGUCCUAAGCGUUUACAGAGCCUUAAUGACAGGUUAGAGAAGUUGCAGAGGCAUGAUCGCCACACAACGUCUCUGCCAUGACCGGCCACGAGCAGAUUCCUCUCCCUGUUUCUUGUUUGUUUUGUAAUGUAAUGUUUGUUUUAUUGUUUUUUGAGAGAGAUUUUAUCUGUUUUACAACCAUUUUUUUUGUACGUUUUAUUAGUCCAAAUAUACACACGCGCACCAGCACACACACACGCAGUUACUUACACAAGAAGCAGCUGGCGAGCACCUAGAAAAAGAAAAAAAAAUAGGAAAAAAGAUUCGAUGCACUGUCUCGCCGAGGGCAACGAACCAAGUGCAUCGAGGAUAAUGUAAGAUAAUAAAGGUAAAUAAAUAGCACACUAAUCAUAGAUAAAAAAAAAAACAUGCAACACAAACCACGAACCCGAUACUCCAAUCAAUGCUGCAGAAAGCAACUCCAACUAUUACUAGCUAAUUGGGUUGUUCCAUUCUACGCCAUCUGUCUUUUUGCUCUACUCCUUUUGCGGGAGUCUUGUUUAGUGUUCUUUCUAUGUUAGUUUUAUGUUUAUUUUCUUCCUUCUCACUAUCGUUUAAGUUUAUCACACAAAGUUAGUGAGUACUUCUCUUCCUUUUAGUUAUUUGUUUUACUCAACCUUAACUACGUCUACUUAUUAACUGCUUCUCUCUGACGAUGACUUAAUUUUACAAUGCUACCAUUAUGAUUACUGCGGUCUUUUGUUUUUUUUAAACUAGUAAAUAUGUAGAAACUCAACACACAAACAAAAAAAAUCAUACAAAAACUACAAAGCCCAUACCCAACCACAACAUCCGACAACCUAUGGCUUUAGUUUAGUAAGGUUACGCUUUGUACAUGUAUUUAGAAAAAACCACCCCUAUUACUGUUACUGUGUAGUGAAGUGAAAUCAAGCGAUAAAAUAAAUAUCAUGCACGAAUAGAUUGAAAAACGCGAAAUAAACACAACUGGCUGUCGUGUCGUUUUCCUA